CAAGUGGAACUUACAGAAAAAUAGUUAAAAGUUCUUUUAUGGACAUGCAUACUAUUCCGAUUAGUACUAUUAUUGGGACAAUGGUGAAGUUUCUUUUAAAGCCGUGUAGGUUUCUUGGAUGUUUUGGGGUCGUCAUUUGUGCUAUUUUCUGGCCAAUCGCUGUCCCCAUUUGUUUAGUGUGCUUUAUCAUAAGUUGUGCCCACUGUUUUUUUUAUCAUUUAGGUUCUUUGUGCACAUUCGCAAUACCGUGUCCCGCUCCUAUUCCGAAGUUCCCAAUACAGGCACCGAGAAUCCAAUCACCACUGAAGAGAGACCUGAUGUCCAGAUGGACUGCGGACGGAAAGUCCUUUGUUUCAUCUUACCAGUAUUGUACUUGAUCGGGAUUUGGACCACAAUGCUUUUAGUGUCAGAAUGUUUUGGUUUUGGCUUUGAAGUGGUUAUAUUCACAGUAAUUGGUCUCAUUGUCAACGCCGGCUCCAUUUUGAGAUAUCUCUCGAUUAUGUUUCUCUUGUUCGUAUAUUCUUACGAUUGUUUCCAUAAUGUCUAUCUAAAAUACCUCUCCCUUAACAAGCCAAUCUUCAAGGAUGUGUUUGAACGAGUCAAAGAUGAUGUUACAGAGGUGACCAAGCUUCCAAGUCGUUUACAGGAAAAUCGGGGUUUCAAAUCAAAGGUCAUAACUGAACAAGGAGAUCAUGAGGAGCCUGACAAAUUAUCAAGCGAACGUUCAAUGCAUUGGAAUGUCAAUGAUUUAGUCCUUUUUGUAACUAAGUAUGAUCUGCAUUAUUUGCCCGUGAAAUUGUUUUAUGCGAUCACAAUGAUAGAGGUUGCCGGUGCCCCCGGUUCAGUCUAUAAAAGUAUGCUUCACGCCUGGAGACGCUUUGGACAGAUCGUCAUCUUUCUUGGCUUCCUUGUUAUGGCCGUCAACAUAUUUGGCAGUAUCUACAAGGUCGGUUCUAUGAGCCAAACACUUGCUACUCUAACUGGUGGUAUAUUCCCUUUCAUUCUUCGUAACUUCGUGUCCUCCGAAGCUAAGCCAAUUGAAUUGAAUUCAAUUACGUUCAGACGCAAAGUCGACGAAGUGAUCGCACAUUACAAAGAAGAUUGGCCAAUAUCCGAUCUACCGUUCGAGAUUGAUGAAGAUCAAAGUGGCGUUGAGUCAUUGGAGAACGUUGAUUUAUUCAUUGAACGUCCAGAGUCAGGAACCCGAAGCAAAAAACAAAUAUUGAUUAACAUGGGCUGGAGAGAUAAACCUUGCAUGCGUGCUGAUCAAGCAGAGGAUGGUACUAGUAAUACUGAUCAAGCAAAGGAUACUACUAGUAAUACUGAUCAAGCAAAGGAUACUUCUAGUAAUACUGACCAAGCAAAGGAUACUAUUCGUGAAUCACAAGUUUAG